CUUCCUUGCGCGUGCGACCGCAAAGCUGGAGCGAAACAGGUUGGAGUUUGGAUUCAGACCACAGCUCCCAGCAUGCCUCGCGCUGUCGGUCGUUUUCUUUCUUUACGCGGAGGAAAAGAGGGACAGGAUGAAUGGAGGACUUUUCGUGUCCGUUCUCCGAAAGGCGGGAAAGGCGAACUACAUCUCCCGACUGGCAGCGCGCGAUUGCGCUUGCGCUCUAAUAUCUGUCGCCAUCUUGCCCCUUCUGAGGCACCGCAAACAAACCCAAUUCCUGCUGUUCCCUAGUCUUGGCGGAGGAGCCUUUUAGAUGAGCCCCGAAAGGCCGGGCAGGGAGGAGAAGCUCUUUGGGGCUACCAAACAGAAGCAGCAAUGCCUGUUGUGUGGCCAACCCUUUUGGAUCUCAGCAGGGAUGAAUGCAAAAGGAUUCUUCGAAAAUUGGAAUUGGAGGCAUAUGCUGGAGUUAUCAGUGCACUUCGGGCACAGGGAGAUCUCACCAAGGAAAAGAAAGAUCUUCUUGGAGAACUCUCAAAAGUUCUUAGCAUCUCAACAGAACGCCACCGUGCUGAAGUUCGGAGAGCAGUAAACGAUGAACGGUUAACAACAAUUGCACAUAAAAUGAAUUUAUCCUUAUAUUUGGGUGAAAGACCAAGUUACAGUAUGUCUGGACCUAAUAGCUCUUCAGAAUGGUCCAUUGAAGGUCGGCGAUUGGUGCCAUUGAUGCCCCGGCUGGUUCCCCAAACUGCCUUCACCGUAACAGCCAAUGCUGUUGCCAAUGCAGCUAUCCAGCACAAUGCAUCUCUUCCAGUGCCUGCAGAAACAGGAAGCAAGGAAGUAGUGGUUUGCUAUUCCUACACAAGUACCACGUCAACCCCAACCUCUACCCCUGUUCCAAGUGGCAGCAUAGCAACGGUUAAGUCUCCAAGACCUGCCAGUCCUGCCUCCAAUGUAGUUGUCUUGCCAAGUGGAAGUACUGUUUAUGUCAAAAGUGUUAGCUGUUCAGAUGAAGAGGAAAAACCCAGAAAACGAAGGCGAACAAACUCUUCUAGCUCCUCUCCUGUUGUCCUAAAGGAAGUUCCAAAGGCCGUUGUUCCAGUUUCAAAGACGAUCACUGUGCCUGUGAGUGGUAGUCCCAAGAUGAGCAACAUCAUGCAGAGCAUUGCCAACUCCUUACCACCCCACAUGUCUCCUGUGAAAAUAACCUUCACUAAACCAUCAACACAGACAACAAACACAACAACACAGAAGGUUAUUAUAGUGACCACAUCACCAAGUUCAACCUUCGUGCCCAACAUUCUCUCCAAAUCCCAUAACUAUGCAGCAGUCACUAAGCUUGUACCAACGUCAGUCAUUGCUUCCACAACCCAGAAGCCGCCAGUUGUUAUAACUGCCUCACAGUCCUCUCUGGUCAGUAGUAGCAACAGUGGCAGCAGCAGUUCUACACCCUCACCUAUUCCUAAUACAGUUGCAGUAACAGCUGUGGUGUCCUCUACCCCAUCAGUGGUCAUGUCAACAGUAGCGCAAGGAGUGUCUACUUCAGCUAUCAAAAUGACAUCAACCAGACUUCCUUCCCCCAAAAACUUAGUGGGUACCCCAACUCAGAUUCUUGCACAGUUUCCUAAACAGCAUCAACAGUCUCCUAAGCAACAAUUACAUCAAGUGCAACAACAGACACAACAACAAGUGGCCCAAUCUUCUCCAGUAUCUCAUCAGCAACAACCUCAACAGUCUCCUUUGCCACCUGGUAUUAAACCCACCAUCCAGAUCAAACAGGAGUCAGGUGUUAAAAUCAUCACACAACAGGUUCAACCAAGUAAAAUCCUACCCAAACCAGUGACAGCAACACUGCCCACCAGUAGCAAUUCCCCUAUUAUGGUGGUUAGCAGUAAUGGUGCAAUUAUGACAACUAAGCUGGUAACCACUCCUACUGGCACACAAGCAACCUAUACCCGACCAACAGUGAGCCCAUCCAUAGGUCGGAUGGCUGCAACCCCUGGAGCUGCAACCUAUAUGAAAACUACCAGUGGUAGCAUCAUUACAGUAGUACCCAAAGCAUUAGCUACCUUGGGGGGCAAGAUAAUUAGCAGUAAUAUAGCAUCUGGAACGACUACCAAAAUUACUACAAUCCCAAUGACUUCCAAGCCCAAUGUGAUUGUUGUGCAAAAGACUACAGGAAAAGGAACGACCAUUCAAGGCCUCCCGGGCAAAAACGUUGUCACAACAUUGCUAAAUGCUGGAGGAGAAAAGACUAUUCAGACGGUGCCAACAGGAGCAAAGCCAGCUAUCAUCACUGCUACAAGACCCAUCACCAAAAUGAUUGUAACUCAGCCAAAAGCAAUAGGUUCCACAGUUCAGCCAGCAGCUAAGAUCAUCCCAACAAAAAUUGUUUAUGGACAGCAAGGGAAAACACAGGUACUUAUUAAACCCAAACCAGUGACAUUUCAAGCCACAGUUGUCAGUGAACAAACAAGACAGCUGGUAACAGAAACAUUACAGCAAGCAUCUAGGGUAGCAGAGGCUGGUAAUUCAUCUAUUCAGGAAGGAAAAGAAGAACCACAGAGUUAUACAGAUAGUAGUUCCUCUUCUACGGAAUCCUCCCAGAGUUCCCAAGAUUCCCAGCCUGUAGUUCAUGUAAUUGCUUCCCGACGUCAGGAUUGGUCAGAACAUGAGAUUGCAAUGGAGACUAGCCCCACCAUAAUUUAUCAGGAUGUAUCCAGUGAAUCACAGUCAGCUACUUCAACAAUCAAAGCUCUAUUAGAACUUCAACAGACAACAGUAAAGGAAAAGUUGGAAUCUAAACCAAGACAACCCACUAUUGACUUGAGUCAAAUGGCAGUGCCUAUUCAGAUGACUCAAGAAAAAAGACAUUCUCCUGAGAGUCCAUCAAUUGCUGUGGUAGAGUCAGAACUAGUUGCUGAAUACAUCACUACUGAACGCACUGAUGAGGGGACAGAGGUUGCUUUUCCCCUUCUAGUUCAGGCAUUAAGCAGUCACACUGCUUUUACCAAGCAUAGCGAGGAACUUGGAACUGAAGAGGGCGAGGUUGAAGAGAUGGAGACUUUAGACCCUCAGACCGGUCUCUUUUACCGAUCUGCCCUGACUCAGUCACAGUCAGCUAAACCGCAAAAACUUAGCCAGCCCCCGCUGGAACAGACUCAGCUGCAAGUAAAAACCCUGCAGUGCUUCCAGACUAAGCAGAAGCAGACCAUCCACCUGCAGGCAGACCAGCUCCAACACAAACUCCCACAGAUGCCCCAGCUUUCCAUCAGGCAUCAAAAACUCACCCCUCUCCAGCAAGAACAAGCACAGCCCAAGCCAGAUGUACAGCACACACAGCAUCCUAUGGUGGCCAAAGACAGGCAGCUUCCGACCUUAAUGGCUCAGCCCCCUCAAACUGUGGUCCAGGUACUUGCGGUGAAAACCACGCAGCAGCUUCCUAAACUGCAGCAGGCUCCGAACCAGCCCAAAAUCUACGUGCAGCCCCAAACCCCCCAGGGCCAAAUACCGCUCGCAGCCUCAGCAGAGAAACAGCCGGCAAGCCAGGUGGAGCAGCCAAUUAUAACCCAAGGAUCCUCUGUUACAAAGAUAACUUUUGAGGGGCGCCAGCCUCCCACAGUUACAAAGAUAACUGGUGGCAGUUCUGUUCCUAAGCUGACAUCACCAGUUACAAGCAUAUCUCCCAUUCAGGCCUCUGAGAAGACAGCAGUGUCAGACAUUUUGAAAAUGUCUUUGAUGGAAGCACAGAUUGAUACAAAUGUAGAGCAUGUGGUAGUGGAAACCCCAAAGAAAGCUCUUGCCACUAGUAUGCUCACUGGUGAAACAGGAUCAUUACCCUCCACCCACAUGGUGGUGGCAGGGAUAGUGAAUUCCACUCCCCAGCAACAGAAAUGUAGAGAGUCCUGUUCAAGUCCAUCUGCUGUUGGCCCUCCCCUAACAACAAGGAAAAUCGAUGCACCAGGAGUGCCUGCGACAGGCCAAUUCAUGCGUAUACAGAACGUAGGCCAAAAGAAAGCUGAAGAGAGCCCUGCAGAAAUUAUCAUCCAGGCCAUUCCCCAGUAUGCUAUUCCUUGUCACUCCAGCUCCAAUGUGGUAGUAGAGCCCAGUGGACUUCUUGAGCUAAACAACUUCACCAGUCAGCAGCUGGAUGACGAUGAGACGGCAAUGGAGCAGGACAUAGACAGUAGCACAGAGGAUGGAACUGAGCCAAGCCCCUCUCAGAGUUCUGCUGAACGGUCCUAGUGUUUUGGACACAGUAGUGCACUUUAAAACCUGCUUGGUUACCAAGUGUCCAGGGAAACUCUUGUAUUUUGAUGUCUAAAAAGAGCACUUUGCCCAUACUUAGGCUGUGGACCCGAAAACAGCUGUGUUUCAACAAGAUAUUGCUGCAGGAGCAGCGUUUUAAAACAAGAUAAAACUCACAGGGGAAUGUACUUUUUUUUUAAUAAAAAAGGAAAAAGGCAAAAAAAAAAAAAAAAGAUGCACAUCUACAAUGACUUAAGACCUGAGUUCUCUGUUGGACCAUGGCCGAUGGAAAAGUUUUGUCUUACAGUAGAAAGAGACUUUUCCUGUGAAUGUUUCUCAACUGGUUUCUACUGAGCAAAAUAGUAUCUUGAAGGAGAAUGUGAAUAGUUUGUAUUUUGAAAUGAUGUGUUGGAAAAAGUUUAUUUUUUAUGUUUUUGCAAAUCCCUGGAAGUGUUGAAUUGGUUAACAUUUUACAUUUGCUCAGUUCAUAAUUAGUUUAUAAAUAUCUUGAAACAUACUGGCAUUAAAGAAUCCUUGUUGGAUGGGGGAGAUCGGAUCCCUAACCAGUGGAAAGUGCUUUUUAGGUGGUUUGUACAUUCUCAUCAGUUGUAUGCUAAUUUAUUGUGGUGUUGUUCCUUUGUGCUUUAGGCAGCACACUUGCCUUCUAUUUAUUUAAGUGUAAACAUUUCAGAGCAGAUCAUAUUUCUUCUGACAAAUUUCUUGUAAACCAGAAUUUCCAGCCCUUUCCACCUCUGUCACCCACUCUUCCCUCCCUUCCCCUCCUCCUUUAGGAAAACUUAUUAGAAAAUGUUUCAUUAUGAAGCAGAGGAAAAGAAACAUUUUCUGGCCCAAAGGAAUUGUUCAGUUAUGUUAAGGACAAAUUAUUCAUUUAUGUGAUGCUUUCUUAACAUUGAAAUUGCACAUUUAUGUUGAACUAAGACUUUGAAAAUAACUUUUAUGACAUUUGUUUAAGCCCCUUUGAAAUGUAUAAAAAGUUAAUUUGCAGUCCUCAAUGUAACAUUUUUAAGUAUUCUGCCUUUUUAGGAUGCAGUUUGUUUGACCAGUAUGUUUUGGUCUUGUGAUUGCUGUCUGUCACAAGUAGAGUUGAGGGGUAAGGGAGUGGGAGGACAAGAGUCAGUUUUGACAAGUUGUGGUAAAUGAAACUAUACCUUUUGUUUUUAAAAAAUGUAAAUAGGAAAGUUUUUAACGGUUUUAUAUAGAUUUCACUAUAAAUAAGCAUUUUAAGACUGACAAAUGUUGAAUUGUACAUACAUAUAUCAGCAUAACUGCCCAAUUUUUUGGUGCUGAAGUACUGUAAGUAGAAUUCAUCAACAGUUUCCUAAUUUUUGCAUCUAUAUCUGGGUACAAAAGCUGUGAUAUUAUAGUUAAUAAUUCCCACUGGAGUGACACUGAAGAUUUAAACACGAAUAUUCAUAAGAAGCACUGAUCUCUGGUGGCUGUCAAUAUUUCUACCAGGUAAUAAUGACUUACCCAUAGAUGGAGCUGUUGGGAUAUUAUUUUAUUGUACAAAUUCGUGUUUAAAAAACUUUGUGACUCUGUUUCUAGUUAAGUAAUUUUUUAACUUCUCUUGGGUCAUGGAUUUCUUUGGAAAUCUGAUUAAAGUAUCAACUGUCACCAAAAAGAUACACAUGCCACGUGUUAACUGCACAUUAGGCUUUGCAUACAAUUUUAGGGGUUCAUGGGCCUCUAAAGCCUAUCCAUGUAUUCAGGUUAAUCCCUCUGUUAUGGUCAAUCCAUUACUUACAGAUGUAAGUUUUUAUAAAAUAAAGUAUCUUUUAAAUAUUCAUGGUUUAGGUAAUAAGAGCAAGCUUGAAUAAAGUUAUGUUCUACAUA